AAAAUUAACACUCUAAACAAAAAAUGUAUCCUAUUUUUAUCUUCAAUUGCAUAUAACAUUUUCCUAAAAAAAAAUGGGAGGAGAAAAGGAAGAAAGAACGUAUAGUGCCCCGACUAUAAAAUACUCGCUACUCUGCUAACCAAUUUAAAAAAAAAAUUCCACAAGAAUUUAAUGAGGUUUUAUCUAAAACAAAACUAUCACAAUUAGAAAUAAACUUGUGCUGCGUAGGCAAAAUAUCAGGAAAAAUACAAGAACUGAUUCCAUAUGUAAAUUUGUGGAAGCAAUUAGAGCUUUACAAAGCAGAUGUUAAAUUCUCGCCCAGUAAUUGCAAUAAAUGGUGAUUAUUUUGUGCUUAUUACCACACAUAAAACAAAAAUAUAUCAUGUGAUGGCUAAUUUGAUAUCAACAUCUUCAAUUUAUGAGUAUAUGUUAUGCGGGUCUUGUAUAAAAUUGAAUUUCGAAAUACCUUACCGUAUAAGAAAUGAUUAAAAAAUAGAGUUCCUAACUAAACCAAAUUUUUUGAUUUUUGAUUUACCAACAGUAGUUUCUUUCUGUGCAUUUAUUUAUAACUGGAUUAAUGUCUUAUUGUGUUAGCUUGGCAUUUAAAAGACGGAACAGCUUCGCAAUGGACUUGCGUAGCAAUAGAGAUCGAUUUCUACAAUUGUUUAUAGACGGUUGGAAAGUGUUUCGAGAUCCUGAACUAGAAUCUAGACACACACCGGCCCACUACUGGAGGGAGCAGAUGAAAGCGCUUAUUUUAUAUACUAGCUCAGAAGAACGCCAGCGGCCCUAUCGAUCCCUUUGGCACACUCUUGUGCUUAUUCAAAUGACUAUAUUUUUUGCUUCGUUGUGGUACGGCUUGACUGAAUCGAUUGGGAACAGUGUUCAAAUGGGUCGGGAUCUUGCAUUCAUCAUUGGAACAUUUUUCAUUGUAUUUAAAGUUUAUUAUUUUCACUGGUAUGGCGAUGCUCUGGACGAAGUGAUCACCGACUUGGAGGCAUUCCAUCCUUGGUCACGGAAGGGUCCUGGUGCAGUAGAUAUUCGAGCUGGCAAACGCUGGUACUUCCUGAUGUCCUUUUUCCUUGGGUCGUUUUGGUCCUUCUUCUUGUGCAUUUUCGUCGUAUUACUUAUGACAUCACCGAUGUGGGUCCAGCAGCAAAAACUUCCCUUUCACGCGGCAUUUCCAUUUCAAUGGCACGACAGAUCAACCCACCCUUUCACACACGCCAUAAUCUACUUGUUUCAUUGUUUGCUCAUGACGUAUGCCAUAGUUUGGCUUUUAUGCAUUGAGGGUCUUUCUGUAUGCAUUUACGCGGAACUGACUUUUGCCAUUGAGGUUCUGUGCCUCGAACUUCGCCACCUGAGCCGCAGAUGUCAUGGCGAUGAAGAGAUGAGAUUGGAGACAAGACGCCUAGUCAGAUUCCAUCAGAAGAUCAUUGAAAUUUUAGAUCGCGCCAACGACGUUUUCCAUGGCACUCUCAUCAUGCAGAUGGCAGUUAACUUCUUGUUAGUCUCUUUAUCGGUCUUAAAAGCAAUGGAGGCUCGAAAAGAUCCCAAAGUGGUGGGCCAGUUUGGAGUGCUCAUGGUGCUCGCGUUGGGACAUUUGUCCAUGUGGUCGCUGUUUGGAGAUAGGUUGUCACAGGAGUCAUUACAAGUUUCCGAGGCUGCUUAUGAGGCUUACGAUCCUACCAAAGGAUCUAAAGAAGUUUACCGAGAUCUCUGUUUUAUUAUUCGACGAGCCCAAUAUCCUCUGAUCAUGAGAGCUAGCCCCUUUCCGUCCUUUAAUUUAAUAAACUACGCUGCUAUACUUAACCAAUGCUAUGGAAUCUUGACAUUUUUACUGAAAACUUUGGACUAA